AGAUUCCCAGGCCCCAUCCCAGACUCACUUAGCUGUAUCUCCUGAUGAGGGGCCCUGGAAUCUGCACUUUCACCAUGCUCUCAGAAUGAUUCUAAUGUUUCCUGAAGGUUGAGGACUGUGGGAUUAGUGACAACUAGAGAAUCCGUGAGGCAUCAUCCCUGAAGUGGACCCUGGUUCACGAGCUCCUAAAAUCUUCUCGUAUUCACCAUGAACACCUCUCACUUCCUGGCCUCGCUGCUCCCGGGAUCUGCACAGGGUGAAAACAGGAGCAAGCUAAAGGGCAUCCUGUACAACUUCUCUGACCACUGCCAGGAUUCCGUGGAUCCGAUGGUCUUCAUCAUCAUCUCCUAUAGCAUCGAGACCAUUGUGGGAGUUCUGGGCAACCUCUGCCUGAUAUGUGUGACCAUGAGGCAGGAAAAGACCAAUGUGACCAACCUGCUUAUUGCCAACCUGGCCUUCUCUGACUUCCUCAUGUGUCUCAUCUGCCAGCCACUCACUGCCAUCUACACCAUCAUGGACUACUGGGUCUUUGGUGAAGCCCUUUGCAAGAUGUCAGCCUUCAUCCAGUGCACGUCAGUGACAGUCUCCAUCCUCUCUCUUGUCCUUGUGGCCCUGGAGAGGCAUCAGCUCAUCAUCAACCCAACAGGCUGGAAGCCCAGCUUGUCCCAGGCCUACCUGGGCAUUGUAGCCAUCUGGCUCAUUGCCUGUUUCGUCUCCCUGCCCUUCCUGGCCAACAGCAUCCUGGAGAAGGUCUUCCACAAGAACCAUUCCAAGGCUGUGGAGUUUCUGGCAGAUAAGGUAGUCUGUACUGAGUCCUGGCCACUGGACCACCACCGCAUCAUCUACACCACCUUCCUGCUACUGUUCCAGUACUGCAUCCCGCUGGUCUUUAUCCUGGUCUGCUACUUGCGCAUCUACCAGCGCCUGCGGAAACAGGGGCGCACGUUCCGCAAGGGUGCCUACAGCUCGCGCGCUGGGCAGAUGAAGCGGGUCAAUGGGGUGCUUGUGGCAAUGGUGGCUGCCUUUGCUGUGCUCUGGCUGCCCCUGCAUGUGUUCAACAGCCUGGAGGACUGGCACCAUGAGGCCAUCCCUGUCUGCCAUGGCAACCUCAUUUUCUUGGUGUGCCACCUGCUCGCCAUGGCCUCCACCUGCGUUAACCCUUUCAUCUAUGGCUUUCUCAACACCAACUUGAAGAAGGAAGUCAAGGCCCUGGUGCUGACUUGCCAGCAUAGCACCCCUCUGGAGGAGUCCGAGCAUCUGCCCCUGUCCACAAUGCACACAGAAGUCUCCAGAGGGUCUCUGAGACUGAGUGGCAGGUCCAACCCCAUUUAGCCAGGUCUAGGGCUUCUGUCUACCCUGUUCCUUGGCAGUCUCUGUCACUUAGCUAAGAGGGCAUACUGCAACCUGGGGCUGGCAUCCCAUCAUUGCUGGCUUUCUGGGGCCCAGAUAGGCUGGCAAGAGCCUGUUUUUGUAUCCACUUGUAUUGCAAAGCCUGACAUUCAGAUGGUUUAGCUAUUCAUUCCUGGGAGAAUUCACUCCAGAGCCUGCAGGUCACAGUGAGCCUUGCGGCUUGAGCUGCAAGAUGCCAGAGCCGGAGAUGUCUGCUUGUAACAGGCCGGGUUCAUUCUGGUAAUUCUGUAACAGAUGCCUGGCCUGGGAACCAGGGAUUUCACCUUCACCAGUGAGACCACGAGGCCACUGUGGGGUGAGGGAAGGAGCGUGUGGAGUCAGAGCUCU